AGAGCUUAGUUCCACGUUUUCAUAUUUGUAUUUUCAAAUCCCCAAAAUCCGUGCUUUUCUGAGAGUCCGCAGAUAAGUUUCUAUGAAUAUUUAUUGAUUUAUUUCCUAAACUCAGCAGGGGAGCGGCAAAUAAAUUUAGUGCUUUCUUUAAAUAAUUCCCUUUCUACGAGGCAAGAUGUCAUUUGAAACUUUUAAAUAGGCAUUUAAUUAGCCUGUGUGUGUUGCCUCUGAACAAAACCCUGCUGGGAGCCUUUGGAGCGCUGUAUUCCAAAGAGGCGGUCAAUAUGCAAAAUUGAUGACUACACUUUCUUUGUGGCGGGGCCAUUGUGCCCUGGUUGCUUAUGAAGUCUAAUCCAAUCAUAAAUUGCAGCCCCGGACCAAUGGAGAAGCCGGGAGCUCGCCCUGAAUGAAGCUCAAGUGGAGAACUUUGUUGAACCCCAUUGUUGGGGCUGUCACUUUUGAAAGAGCCUCAGCGGGGCUGACCACUAUAAAGCCCAUGGUCCAUGAGGAAGGGGCAGAGAGAACUCCGCCAGACUCGCUGGCUGGAUCUUUACCAACCCAGGUUUGCAAAGCAGAAAACAAAAGCAAACAAACGAACAAGCAGGCGAGCGGCCCCAGCCCGGCUCCGCAGACGGCCCCUGCGAUGAUGUUCCCCAGCCUCAUCGCCCCUCCAGCCGUCUACCCCAGCCUCCUCCGGCCGACCCCCACCCUCACCUUGCCUCAGUCGCUACAGUCGGCUUUUUCUAGCCAUUCCAGCUUCCUGGUGGAAGAUUUGAUCCGGAUCAGCAGGCCCACCAGCUACCUGCCCAGGACUGCCCCCCCCCCCAGUAUGUCCCCCCCAACCUCGGCGGCCAGAACGGACUCAGGGACGCCGGAGCUCCCCAGCUCCACCACCGCCGGCUCCAGGAGGGUCUGUUCGCCACAGACUUCCAGCAGCGACUCCACUUUCCUGAAGUUUGGAGUCAACGCCAUCCUCUCCUCCACGCCCCGAGCCGAAACCUCCGCUGCGUUGCUUCAGAGCGUCCCGCCAAAGACUUUCUCCUUUCCGUACUUUGAAGGAUCAUUCCAGCCCUUUCUCAGAUCUUCCUAUUUCCCAGCUGCCUCCGCCGUGGUCCCCAUCCCUGGCACCUUCUCCUGGCCGCUGGCUGCCCGGGGCAAGCCCCGCCGGGGGAUGCUGCGCCGCGCCGUCUUCUCCGACGUGCAGCGCAAGGCGCUGGAGAAGAUGUUCCAGAAGCAGAAGUACAUCAGCAAACCCGACAGAAAGAAGUUGGCGGCCAAGCUGGGCCUCAAGGACUCACAGGUGAAGAUCUGGUUCCAGAAUAGGAGGAUGAAAUGGAGGAACUCCAAAGAAAGAGAGCUCCUCUCCUCUGGUGGCUGCAGAGAACAGACCCUACCCACCAAGUUCAACCCUCACCCAGACCUCAGUGAUGUAGGCAAGAAAUGUUCAGGAGAGGAGGAGGAGGAGGAGGAGGAAGUUCCCCCUGUGUGCCCGCCCAGUCCCCAGCAUCCCCUAACCUACCACCAGUCCCCAGAACAUCUACACCUGAGGGACAGACUGGACUCCCAGAUGUCUUCUUCUCCAUCCCAUUCUAGCAGCCCCAGCAAACCUUCAGACUUCUCAGACUCAGAGGAAGAGGAUGAUGAAGGGGAAGAAGAAGAGGAGAUAACAGUAUCUUAG